UACACCUAACAAUACCACAGCUGUCAUCCGCAUGGAAGGUUAUGUUUACAUAUAGGCAACUACAAAUGUCAUUGCUCUCCUGCUCUCCAGUGAGUGAUAUCGUUGUUUGGCAACGACUGGAGUUGCACAAUUCUCUGCUCUCUGCUCAGGUUUAAAAUCGUUCGGCUAGCACUUAAGUAAUCAUUCGACUUUAACAGUAUGAAGACUACGAGUGAUUAAACUAAAUGGACGAAUUUUCUACAAAGCAAUACAAACCACUGCAGGGUGGGAGUAUUGACCUCAAGCAGGUGUUCUCAGACCAGCAAGACAUUCGCAACGUUGGGAAACUGUUACCUGCUCCACUGGGAAAUAACGAUGAGGUUGUGUUUCAAAGUGACGCCAGUGGUGGUAACGGCCUCAACCAGAGGAAUACUCGCAAUAUGGAGGAAUGGCUUAUGACGCCUGGGACAGAUAACAGGAUAGCUGUGUUCCACAGGGACUCCAUAGGUAUUGGUAAUGGCCGUCAUUCGUACACAGUUCAGAGAGAUAUUCGCAAUGUGGAUGAACGGCCUCCGACGCCUUGGGCAGAAAACAGAGUUGUGUCCCGGCGUUACAACACAAGUGGUGGUAGUAUUUUUGUCAAGAACACAGACCAACGGAUGAUGUCCAAGUAUCCUUCGCCAAACAACACUCCAUCCUACCCGGAUAAGGAGAUUCAUCGUCUCGCCAUCACACAUGGGAAUAUUGAACUUCAUGACAAAGGUCUUCAGUGUGCCGGAACAAGAGCAUGUCAGAGAAUGCAGCAAUACGAGCCUAGCAUCAACGAAACCCAGCGUUCCUACCCUCAGCCCAAGCCUGGCAGGCGUCAGAAUGUUUCUCCACCGACAGUCUCCUUCACGCAAAAUGUAGUGUACAGUCCUGUGCAGUAUUCGUGUAGUCCUGGGUCACAGCCAUACAUUCCUGGGUCGCAGCCAUACACUCCUGGGUCACAGCCAUACAUUCCUGGGUCGCAGCCAUACACUCCUGGGUCGCAGCCAUACACUCCUGGGUCGCAGCCAUACACUCCUGGGUCGCAGCCAUACACUCCUGGGUCACAGCCAUACACUCCUGGGUCGCAGCCAUACACUCCUGGGUCGCAGCCAUACAUUCCUGGGUCGCAGCCAUACACUCCUGGGUCGCAGCCAUACAUUCCUGGGUCGCAGCCAUACACACCUGGGUCGCAGCCAUACACACCUGGGUCGCAGCCAUACACUCCUGGGUCGCAGCCAUACACUCCUGGGUCGCAGCCAUACACUCCUGGGUCGCAGCCAUACAUUCCUGGGUCGCAGCCAUACACACCUGGGUCGCAGCCAUAUAUUCCUGGGUCGCAGCCAUACACUCCUAGGUCGCAGCCAUACACACCUGGGUCGCAGCCAUACACUCUUGGGUCGCAGCCAUACACUCCUAGGCUGCAGUCAUACAUUCCUGGGUUGCAGCCAUACACACCUGGGUUGCAGCCAUACACUCCUGGGCCGCAGCCAUACACACCUGGGCCGCAGCCAUACACACCUGGGCCGCAGCCAUACACACCUGGGCCGCAGCCAUACACACCUGGGCCGCAGCCAUACACACCUGGGCCGCAGCCAUACACACCUGGGCCGCAGCCAUACACACCUGGGCCGCAGCCAUACACACCUGGGCCGCAGCCAUACACACCUGGGCCGCAGCCAUACACACCUCGGCCGCAGCCAUACACACCUGGGCCGCAGCCAUACACACCUGGGCCGCAGCCAUACACACCAGGGCCGCAGCCAUACACACCAGGGCCGCAGCCAUACACACCAGGGCCGCAGCCAUACACACCAGGGCCGCAGCCAUACACACCAGGGCCGCAGCCAUACACACCAGGGCCGCAGCCAUACACACCAGGGCCGCAGCCAUACACACCAGGGCCGCAGCCAUACACUCCUGGGCCGCAGGCACACACUCCGAGGCCGCAUGCACACACUCCUGGGCCGCAUGCACACUCUCCUGGGCCGCAUGCACACUCUCCUGGGCCGCAUGCACACUCUCCUGGGCCGCAUGCACACUCUCCUGGGCCGCAUGCACACUCUCCUGGGCCGCAUGCACAUUCUCCUGGGCCGCAUGCACACUCUCCUGGGCCGCAUGCACACUCUCCUGGGCCGCAUGCACACUCUCCUGGGCCGCAUGCACACUCUCCUGGGCCGCAUGCACACACUCCUGGGCCGCAUGCACACUCUCCUGGGCCGCAUGCACACACUCCUGGGCAACAUGAACGCAGUCCUGUGCAACAUGAACGCAGUCCUGAGCAGCAUGGACGCAGUCCUGUGCAACAUGAACGCAGUCCUGAGCAGCUUGGACGCAGUCCUGUGCAACAUGAACGCAGUCCUGAGCAGCAUGGACACAGUCCUGUGCAACAUGAACGCAGUCCUGUGCAACAUGAACGCAGUCCUGUGCAACAUGAACGCAGUCCUGAGCAGCAUGGACGCAGUCCUGAGCAGUAUGGACACAGUCCUGAGCAGCAAGGAUGCAAUCUUGAGCUGCAUACAUACAAUCCCGAGCAGUAUACUUGCAGUCCUGUGAAGAACACACAUGAGCCAGAUAAUUCACUCCAGGAUAGGUUAGAUUACUCUGCUGUGAAUGAGCACACGUUUACAACAGAGAACAUAGAUACUAUGCAGACUUCUUCACUUGAGGUCUCGGGAACAGUAAAUUGCAGUGCAAAUCCUUUAGCUCUGCCACAGGAUUCCAUUAAGAGUGAGAAUAUACCACAGUUAGCACAUUCACUUCCCAAGAAAUGCAAUAAGAGGGAAAUAGAGAAAGAUAAUUCACAUCAAAAGAACCCUAAAAUGUUGAAGGGAUUUGAAAAUGAUGAAGCCUCCUCCUCCAUGGACCAAAAUGAGCAGGCUGUGGACACAGAAUUAAAGACAAAUAGUAAGCCAGUAUACUAUGAGUGUAGCGUAUGUUACUAUCGGAGUAAUAAUCUCGUGGGACUGAGACUCCACAUGAAAAUCCAUGGUAGAGACUGCAGUCAGAUAUCAGUUACAUGUGGUAUCAAUGGUGACGUUGCAAAUGACGUCUCGAAACUGGAAAAGCAUUUGAAAAGCCACCCAGAGAUACUUACAUACCAGCACAAACAGCAUGCCUCGAAGGUACAAUGCAAUGAAAAUGAAUGCUACAAAUGCUCCAUCUGUCUGAAGACUUUCUCUAAGCAUGAUGCCUACAAGGUGCAUAUGUGGAUUCAUACAGGAGAAAAGCCAUUCAAGUGCACAUUUUGUAACAAAAGUUACACUUCAAAGGCUUACUAUACUCGGCACAUAAAAUGGCACAAGAAAAAUGAAUACACAAAUGCUGUUGAAUAAUUUUAAACCACCUCUUCCUUGAGGUAAUGUUUUAUUGUGUUACAUAUAGUAUAAGAUUUAUUUUGUAUCAUAUGUUUGACAAUAUCCAGCAUGCAUGUUUCUGCCAGUUAUUGACCAUCUUAAAAUAACUAGAUAUUUAUUGUUUGAAGGUAUUUAUUAAGAUGUCUUAUUUGGAUUAGUUUCUAGCAUAUAUGUGCUAUUGUACUAUUUCCCAUGACUAACUGUUGAAUUUAAUAAUUUUACCAUGCAAGGCAUCUUAAUUGCACGAUUGUGGUAGUCUGAUUCAUGAACCUUUAAAAUAAUAUUUAUUCCCAUGUUUUCCCAUUUAUGCAUGCCUAUGAAACUAAUAUUUCAUUUAACAUAAUGCAAAUUUGUGCCUUACAUACGCCUAUUUUUUCAAGGUAAAAAAUGUAUGAUGGAUAGAACAAAUAAUUACUAUUGUAAUUUUUUAUUUUUAGACAAAUUUUAAUAAUAUUUUUUU